AUGGCAAAGCGCAAAGUGAGGGCUAAGAACGCGGCCAAAGGAAGCGAAAUAGAGUGUGAGGGUAACAAGGAAGAUGGUACACCGAGUGGAUUAGGGGAUACAUGCUAUGAGAAAAGGGAUCUGAUUGUCAAACCAAGUGGAUCUGGGGUUGCGAUUGAGUUCAUCAAAGAAAGGGAGUCAAGCAUCAAAGGGCUAUAUGUUAUAAGAUUCCAUACUCUAGAAGCAGCGGAGGAAGCUUUAACAGCUCCAAUAGACUACGUGGGGAACCAUCCAGUUAUUAUCAAGCCCUGGAAGGUGGAAAAAGGGGUUAACCAUAAGGAGCUCACACAUGUUCCGGUGUGGAUCCAAUUCCACAACCUUGAACUCAAAUUCUGGAAUCCGGUAAUCCUCAGUCGAAUCGCCAGCACACUAGGUAGGCCAGUUAUUGUUGAUAGCUUAACUGCCUCGAAAGAUAGAGCAACUUAUGCUAGAGUAUUGGUAGAAGUAGAAAUUCAGGAACAUCCGCCUCUAGUAGCACACUUUGUUGAUGAAACUGGAAAGUUAAUGGAGCAACAAGUCUAUUACGAGUGGAGACCAACACAAUGCCAACACUGCAAGCAGUAUGGUCAUGGAAUCGAGGACUGUCGAAGGAAAAUGCCUGUUCAAACUAUGGGCAAAAUAGAGGUGAUAGCUCCCCCAGAUAAAACCAAAAGCUCAGAAGCAUGGAGAAAAGUUGACAGGAAACAGGAGCUGGAAAAAUCAAUGGGGGAAAGAAAAGAGAAAGCUAGAACUGACCCAUGUGAGGGGCCAAGUCUCAAACAACAAUACAGAGAGACAGGGGGUAACAUAGAGACUCCAAAUGGUUUCAGGGUUUUGCUGGCAGAGAAAAGUCAUGACCUGAACCUUACCGUAGAUACAAGGAAUGUCAGCCAAAAAGCAAUGGAGAAGAAAGAUAGCUGCAAAGUGAGUGAUCUCUCUCCAGAUCCAGACAUACAAGGUUUUAAAAGAUCAUAUAAGCAUAGUGGAAUGGGGAUGGAAGGAAGAAAUAUGGGGAACCAAGAUAUACCACAACAAGAAGUGGAAGCAGUAGAAGAACUGAAGAACAUCCAAAAGUUGGUACAUCAACAGCCUGAGGAUGAACAGCUGCAAAAAAUGGAGAAGGAAGCCAGAGAAAGAUUCUUCAUGAUCAGCAAGGCCACUGAGAGUUACCUGCAGCAGAAAGACAAAGAGCUAUGGAUCAAAAAAAGGGGAUUCGAACAAUGCGUACUUCCAUGCAUGAAUGAAGAUAAAAGUUGCACAAAAUAG